CCAAAAAAGAGCAUUCCCAACCAUUUAGUCGAGAAGCGGGCCAGGCUGAUCUAUAAAGGGGCUGGGCGGCUUUGUGCAAAAUAGAAAGCUGGAGGACUGACAGGAUGUGAUCCUCUGGAACAAAUGUCUUUCACAGAGAGAGAGAGAGACGCCCCAGCUUCUAGUUACAUCUCUGGCAGCGGACAACAAUUCUCAGCUUCGCUUACCAGGGUUAUUACUGGCCGAGGCUGCCGCCUGCAAAAGAGGCUUUGGCAGCCCCCUCGUGUCCUUCUUCGAAAAGGGCAGCUGGCUCGUCCCGGAGGACAUUGCAGAGAGGGAGAGCGCGGGCAAAGCGGCUGCGAGCGUCCCGGGCGGGAAGAAACCUCUUGCUCUUGGCUUUCCUGAAGCGAACUUGCCUUCGGCAUCAUGCACAACUACGGGACGCCGAGGCAGAACGAGGAUUAAGGCGGGAAAAGAGGCGCGGUGGGGUGGCUGGGCAGGGCGGGGCGGCGCUGGGAGCUCAUCCUUCUCCUAAGCCUAGGGGAGCGCCCCGGGCAAGAAGCAUCGCCGCGCCGACCGAAAGAAGCUCCUUGCCGGGAUCCCGUGCAGGCUAGAAGCCGAGAGCCAUGGAAGGGAGCCCGAUCCCGGUGCUGACCGUGCAGACGGUCCCGUACGAGGACCAGAAGCCGACGGGCGGCGGAGGGCUGAGGAGGCCCACCGCGGUCUUCGAGGGCCAGCGCAAUUACUUGCCCAACUUCAUCCAGAGCCUGCUCUCCUCCAUCGACCUGCGCGACCGCCAGGGCUGCACCAUGGUGGUGGGCAGCGACGGCAGGUACUUCAGCAGGACGGCCACCGAGGUGGUGGUGCAGAUGGCGGCAGCUAACGGGAUUGGAAGAUUGAUUAUUGGGCAGAAUGGCAUUUUAUCCACUCCUGCUGUGUCCUGCAUUAUCAGAAAGGUCAAAGCUGCUGGGGGGAUUAUUCUCACAGCUAGUCACUGUCCUGGAGGACCUGGAGGAGAAUUUGGAGUAAAGUUUAACAUUGCCAAUGGAGGUCCAGCUCCAGAUGUUGUUUCUGAUAAAAUUUAUCAGAUCAGCAAAACCCUUGAAGAAUAUGCCAUUUGCCCUGAUUUGAGAAUUGAUUUGUCUCGGUUGGGAAGACAGGAGUUUGAUCUGGAGAAUAAAUUCAAGCCUUUCCGGGUUGAAAUAGUGGAUUCUGUGGAGGUUUACCUUAAUCUUCUGCGGACCAUUUUUGAUUUCAGUUCUAUUAGAGGCUUGCUAACUGGGCCAAAUCAACUUAAGAUCAGAAUUGAUGCCAUGAAUGGAGUGAUGGGGCCCUAUGUCCGGAGGAUCCUGUGCGAGGAAUUGGGAGCUCCUGCUAAUUCUGCAGUUGAUUGUGUCCCUCUGGAAGAUUUUGGUGGCCAGUACCCUGAUCCAAACCUAACAUAUGCCACUUCCUUGUUGGAAGCAAUGAAAGGAGGAGAGUAUGGAUUUGGAGCUGCAUUUGAUGCUGAUGGGGACCGCUACAUGAUUCUGGGUCAAAAUGGCUUUUUUGUUAACCCUUCUGAUUCCCUGGCCAUUAUUGCAGCAAAUCUCCAUUGCAUUCCAUAUUUUCAUCAGAUGGCUGUGCGAGGGUUUGGUAGGAGUAUGCCUACCAGCACCGCCUUGGACAGGGUUGCAAAAUCAAUGAAAGUACCUGUAUAUGAAACACCGGCAGGAUGGAGAUUCUUCUCAAAUCUGAUGGAUUCUGGUCGAUGCUCUCUUUGUGGAGAAGAAAGUUUUGGCACUGGAUCUGACCACAUCCGAGAGAAAGAUGGACUUUGGGCUGUUUUAAUUUGGCUCUCAAUUAUGGCAGCUCGAAAGCAGGGCGUGGAGGAAAUUGUUAGAGAUCACUGGACAAAAUUUGGCCGUCACUAUUAUUGCAGAUUUGAUUAUGAAGCACUGGAUCCUAGAAUGGCAUACUACAUAAUGAGAGACCUGGAAGCCUUGAUCACUGACAAAUCUUUCACUAAUCAACAGUUUGCUGUUGGAAACAAUGUUUACACUGUGCAGAAAGGAACUAACUUUGAAUACGUGGAUCCCGUAGAUGGCACUGUGACCAAAAGACAAGGGUUGAGGAUUAUAUUCACUGAUGCUUCCAGACUCAUCUUUAGAUUAAGUGCUUCAAGCCAUGUGCGAGCCACCCUUAGAAUCUAUGCGGAGAGCUAUGAAAAAGAUCCCAGCAAACAUGAGAGGGAGCCACAGGCAGUUUUGAGUCCACUCAUUGCCAUUGCACUGAAAAUAUCUCAGAUUCAUGAGAGAACAGGUCGUAAGGGUCCUACUGUCAUCACCUGAAGGAGAACUGCUGACUCAGGGCCAAACUUGGGAGGACAAGGAAGAAUGAAGACAUUGCUCAAACACACCAGUUCUUUGUGCCUUAUAUUAGUUUAAGGGCUUGGGGGCAGUUGGGAGGGAAGUGGAUGGAUAAAAUUUAUUUUGAGUUUCAUUAUUAAGAAAAAUGUGCACUUGUCUCUUAUAGCUUCAGCAUCUUCUUGUGAUGCAAAUAAUCAAAACCAGGGCUCUCUCUCUGAAUAAUACCAAGGUUUAUUUAUAAGAGAUGAUAGAAAAAAAAGAUUCCUGUGUUUUGCAUUUGCAAGGCAAAAAUAGGCUACAUGUUUCCUUAGCUAGAGCUGGCUGAAAAGCAUAGAUUUUUGAUAAUAGUGUUUUAUGAAUCUCCCAUCAUAAUUUAAAAAGAAAGCACUCUUAGGAUAGUCAAGAACAUUUUUAAGAGGUCAAAAACAAAAUAUUUUUCUUAGGUUGCCUUAUUUUCUAAACCCAUCUGGGAGUUAUGAUGGAUUGAUUUUGAAUUAAAAUAUAAUAGGGCUCUUAUUUUAGAUAGUUGAAGUCCCAGAGGGUGGAACAACCUAGAACAGGGGUGUCAAACUGGCGGCGGACGGGCCGGACGCAUCACGCGCAGGCCACAUCUACUCCAGCUACACAAAUGGGAAAAGUGUCACGUGAUGGUGACAUGACGCAGCGAGUUUGACAUCCAUGAACUAGAAUAUCAGCAAUUUUGUCCUUUCUUUGGGCUGUUACAAAGCAUUUGUGUAAUACAAUGAACCACAAACUAGCCAAUCACAUUUUAGCUUAGUGACCCUAGGGCUUUGUGACUCUCAUCUGUGUGGCUAAUUUAUGGUUCAGUGAUUUCUACAAAUCUGGAUGUAUUAAGUAAAGUAUGAGUUUAUGAUGAGUAUGUUGUGUGACCAUAGCCAUUGAAUCCAAGGGGUGCAGCUCAUGAGCAGAAUCUACAGGUGGGGCUAUUCUAAUCAAUGAGGUUAGAAAUAUGUAGCCCAGCAGAUUUAUUUGGAAAUAGGUCCCCCUGAGUGUCAGGAAAAAAAUGUAAUCUUCCAUAAAUAUGUCUAAUUCUGCAGCUUUAUCCUGAGAUUUUAAUUAGCUGAUUAUCUUUUUCAAAGCACACUGGCAACUGCCACUCCUAAUUUCUCAGCUCAAGUUUUAAGACUACAUUUUUAUGCACCAGCUGCUACAUUUAUACACACUUUAUGUAACUAAAUCUUACGUAUUUAAAUGGAAAAAUGAGAAGUUACCUUGCAGCAAUCUGUUUGGCAAACAGCUUUCAUGUUUUGUUCAUGUCUGCUGUUAUUCAUAAAUACCAUCACCAACAUAACUGGUUUGUGUGUCUCUCUGCUUGUAGCUUAAAAAUGGGACUGCUUUUUUCUACUUAUUUCCUCAACCACCUUCUCCUAGUCAGAUUCAGCUCUAUGCAGCUUCAGUUUAAGGAAAAUACCUUUUUGCUAUUAGAUUUGUAUUCUGGAUUUAUCUCCUACUGUGGACCUCUCUUGACAAUGAUCCCUCUCCUUUUGUUAUCAGUUUCUCCUUUUAGAAGUAAAUCUUUAGGGUACUUCCUUCUCACUCUCCUGUGCAUGUUCACUGUCGCUCUCUAGUACACAAAUACUUAAUUAAAAUUAAUUUAAUUCAAGAUCUUUAAAAAUACCUUUCAAGAUAUAUUUAUGUUCCGCUUUUUAAAAGGGCUAAUUAUCACAGCAGAGUUCUAACUUUUAUACAGAUGGAUCAGCUGAUUUUUAAAAAACAAACACCAAACACCAGAGACAGUAGAAGGGACAGUAAAAAAGCUAAAAAGGAAACCAUUCCUCUCCCACAGCAGGUACCCAGAUAAGCAGGCAUUAACACCAGACAAACAAUCCAGCAGAAAACAAUAUCCUAAUCAAGUAAAUACCAAGCCGAUAACCAUAUCCCCACCAACCCUGGCAGAGCAAGUUACUAUAUAUGAACAGGCAGAAAACCCACAUUCACUGAUGAGGAUGAUGGUGAUUAUAAUGUUAUUUAUUUGGGUAAUGAAAUGUCUGCAAGCAAACAGAGAGGACCAAGAACUCCACAAACAUAUGAAUUUGGAUAAGGUGAAGGAAAUGGGUCUGUGGUGUGUCCCAUUGUCAUGCACCAAUUUAUAAUCAUAAUUCAGAAAGUUGGAAGUGCUGUUUGGUUAUUGCAAAUGUGUGACAAUUGAAUAUCUGAUUUAGUGACAUAGGCGACAUAAUCUGUCUUUUAAGGACUGUAUGCCCUUGCAUACUGUAGUUGGAGAUCCAUAGUGGAGUUAAAUUGUUUUGUAUGAGAAUAUGACUCGACAACUAGGUUUCUGCUACUAUCUUCGCAUAACAUCAGAAUAUUUAAAUGUUGUGGUAUGUUGGAAGUGUAAGAUUCCUGCUUCUAUAUACCCCUUAUCAAUAUCUCUGAAACUUUACAUCAGAAACAAUUUUUAAAGAACCAUCACUUCUUUACAGCAGAUAAUUUCCUCAACCUUGAAAAUGGAAUUUAGGAACUUUUCAAGCUAAAGCAGAAGACAAUCUGGGUUUUUUAAAAAUCUUAAAACAAGGGUGCCCAACCUUGGCAAUUUUAAGACUUGUAGACUUCAAUUUCCAGAAUUCCCCAUGCUGGCUAGGGAAUUCUAUGAGUUGAAGUCCACACGUCUUGAAGGAGUCAAAUUUGGGCACUGCUCUAGAAACCUCAAAUGGUAAAAGAGCUAAAAAAGGAAAGCAGGAAGACAGUGGAAACAUUAGAAUUAAAAUGUACUUUUUGCAUAACUCUGGACAAAGGAAUUACAAUUCCAUUUUCCAAGUUAAUUUAACCAAGAGACAAGGCUUCGGGGUGCAUGAAAGUGUAUGGAGCUGAAGAGGGAAAUUUUCCCAACUAAAACACCAUCUAGCUUGUUAGCAGAACUGUAGUAGAAGUUUUAGAAAUAUUUGCCUAGUUCAUUUAAUGAAAAGCUUGCCCAAUGUCUUAUUACAAGAGGGGAAUAUGGCAGAGGAAGGAGGCUUGCUCAGUGAAUGCUGGCAUAUGGAAAAUGUUUUUUGAGUUUGUAAAAUAAGGGUGUCCAACUUUGGUGAUGGCAACUUUAAGAUUUGUGGCCUUCAACUCACAGAAUUCUGACUGGGGAAUUCUGGGAGUUGAAGUCCAUAAGUCUUAAAAGUUGCCAAAUUUGGAUAACUCUGCUGUAAAAUAUAACACGGCUCCAUCCAUAGCACAAAACUGUGAUAUAAAACUUCUAAAUGUCACUAAUUCAAAUAUUUUUUCUCCUUGGGAAGCUGAGGUGUGACUAUGUCAUUGCAAUGGCUUUUGUGAAAUCUGAAAUGUUCAUAGCCUGGUAACACUGCAGUGGCAAACCUUCAUUUCUAGUGCAAUCUUGAAUGCUGCGGUGUUUUAAGUAGCUGACUUGGAUUCUUUUGAUAUUUGUCAAAACUUACUAUGACAUUUAAUAAACUGCUGUGUCCUAUUUGCCUUGCAUGAAAUCGCUGAUGGAACACAGCUUGCUCCAAUGCAACAGUUUUUUUUUUUUAAAAAGCUGUGUCUAGGAAAAUGAGGCACUGAUUUAUCUUUGCACAGUGUUUUAUUGCAGCAUUAUUAAACAGAUUUUUUUUGUAAGUCAAA